AUGGUCGACUCAUCGCCGAAUACCCCUGCACUAAAAACUGCAGAACAAGACUGGUAUACCAAUGACGGAUUUGAGAACGAUACAGUAGGCGGCCACUCCCAUGAUGACAACUCUGAUGGUGAUGAAAAUGAAAUUAGUUCUAAACAUAUUGAGGAAUUAAGCGAGAGAGGCGCAGGAGAAGAAAAUGGCUAUUCAGGUAAACAAAGCAAGCUGACAUUAGAGUCGCCUUCGUGGAGCUUUCCAGACUCAAAGCGAGCGUCGAUUGAAAGGAGUCCCAGAGUUCAAACCGACCGCUGCAUCGAUUGGCUGGUAGUCUUGGCGUCCUUCUUUAUUCACUUUAUUGUGGGCGGGAUUUUGAAUUCUUUCGGUGUGUUUUACAUCACCCUGCUAAAUGAGUUUGAAGAAAGCAAGUCAGCGACGUCUUGGGUUGGCUCCAUUCAAGUAGCUGUGACCUGGGGUCCAAUAGCAAGCGCCCUAUCUGACAAAAUUGGACACCGGGCUGUUGGAGUCAUUGGAUCUGUUCUCGCUGCGACGGGGUUUGGCGUGAGUUCAUUAGCAUCGAAUUUGCCGUUCCUUAUUCUAACAUACGGGGUCAUGUCUGGUCUCGGAUUGGCACUGAUGUGGUUUCCAGGCAUUGUCUCCGUUCAGGAUCAUUUUAACAAGAGGAAAAGUUUAGCCAUGGGAGUUGCAGUGUGCGGAUCAGGCGUUGGGAUAUUUGCUAUGGCACCCUGUAUAGAAAUUCUGAUUAAAACCAUUUCUUGGAGAUACGCUCUUCUUGUUCUGGCAGGGGCGUCUCUUUCAGGAGUUGGCUUCAGCAUUUUGCUUUUUCCGCCGGAAUUAAAAUUCAACGAGGGGAUUGAGAAAGAGCCAACCUUAUCCUUCACUGACAAAACGAGAAAGUGUUCCAAAAACAUGUUCCAUAUCUCCCUACUACGAAGAGCUGAUGUUGUCGUGUGGCUAUUGUGUCAUUUAAUCAUCCAGAUAGGGUUCGUAGUGUUACGCACGUAUAUACCAGAUAUAGCUGUAGGUAUGGGGAUAGAAGUAAAUAACGCGGCGUUCUUGGUCUCCAUCGUAGGCAUUACUAGCACGGUGAGUCGAGUCGUGAUGGGUGUAAUUGCAGACUUUCGGUGCGCUAACAGGCGAUAUAUGCUUGGGACCAGUGUUAUGAUUGCAGGGGUUAUGGUUGCCAUACUGCCGUUUAUGAAGGAGUACGGCGUGAUUGCAACAGUGUGCACGUUUUACGGGUUAUCAUUUGGCACCAUUAUCUCCCUGACUGCUGUUGUUCUGAGAGAUCUAGUCGGCAUCGAGAAACUUGGACCUGCAUUUGGACUUACCAUGCUAGCCAAAGGUUUGGGUUCCCUCUUGUUAUCUGCUGGAGGUAGUUUGUAUGAUUUAUUCGGCUCCUAUGAUGUCACCUUUUAUAUCACCGGAUCUCUUUUAUUCGUUGCCGGUGGAAUUCUUUUAUUGUUGCCAUGGAUACGUGAGCUCCAGGGGCGAUGUUGUUACCAUGGCAGCGCAAAUAUCACCACAGAAACUGGGCUUUGA